UUCGUCACAAGGAAACAUAAGAUGGCGGUGGGUUUCGGGUGAAAAAUAGUGAUACACUGCGCACCUGAAGAUUUGUAUUUUCGUCGUCGAUGAUCUUAUCCGUUUCCAUGUUGAGAUCACGUUUUACACGCACCACGCACCGGUCGCACCUCCGUAAACAACGUCGUUCCGAAUUUAAAAAGGGAUCGAUCCGAGUAAAAUCACGCGGAAAUGUUACAAGAGAACGAACGAACGAACGAACGAACGAACGAACGAAUAAACGAACGAACGAAUGAUCGAACGAACGACGAACGAACGAACGAACGGGCGAGUGAACAAACACAAAUGAUUGAAAGGAAACUCAAGCGAUACGAAUCGAGCGAUUCGAUACUGCUGUCUCCGGCGCUGGCGUUGUCGUUGUCGUCGCUACCUUUGCUUCAACACGAUCAACGACGACAUUCGCGUUCCCUCGCCAUAUACAGCUAACUCAAGACAACAUUUUACUAAUAUCCGAAGAAAAAUAUCACCGUGUAGUAAGAUAUACACACAAGAGACUACGCGUCACGACAAGCUUUAAAAAAGCACCCCGUGUACGAUGAUAUUCCGAGUUGAUACGAUGAUACAUAUAAGGGGGGGGGGUGGAAAGAGAAACGCCACGGGAGUCGCCGUCGUCGCGUAGGCAGGGCGAACGGCCGCACGAUACGAUUCGAUGCCAGUCUACUUCACCCCCACCCCUCUUUCUCUAUACUAACGCCUUUACAAGAGUAACUCCCUCCUUCAUCUAUCUUUCUUUUACCGAAGUUUGAGAUCGCGCGUAUAUUUUAGGCAGAUCAGAGCGUAUGCGAAUGACUGAUGUUAUCGACUUGCACAGCAUCAGAAGUGCUGAACAGUAGAGUGGGAACAGCGAAUCUAGAGACAGAGAAGAAAGAGAGAAAAACAAAGAUAUGCCGUGAACUGUCCUAUAACCGUAUAAUUUUCAUUUAGUGGCGCCACUAUCACAUGUCUUUCAAAAUGGCUUCCACUUGCGACAACUCGUUGCGCAUGACCAAGAGAACAAUGAUAAAAUACUUAUUUUUUUUAUGUGAUAUCGCGUAUUUCAAUGUGAACAUUGACUAACGUCAUUGUCUAGAUUUUGAACUCUACAAGAUACGAUGCCAAUUGGAUGUAGGAUCAACCAAUCAUAAAGAAAAGAGAAUCUAAACAAAUUAUUUAUGUAAAAGAAAAUUUGUCAAAGGAACUGUUUAAGAUUAUGAAGGUCUCCUAUAUUCAUAUUCAUAUUAUUUGUUUAUGACAGUAAAAAUGUCAUCUGGAUUGGUUUCUUCUACUUCACUAGGUAGCUAUGAGCUACCAAGUCCGAUAGGAGAUACAGUGGAAGAUAAUUCUAAUAAAUUUACAACAUAUCUGCAUCAACUUGCUGGUAUCAAUGAAAUGGAGGUUGAUGUGAUACUUAAAGAUCAUUCUUAUGCUCGUCCAUGGAAUUGGAAACCAGAAAAUAUUUAUGUUAAACCAAUAAAAAAAUUAUUUUUUCCAAAAAUUAAUUCAGUUAUACAAGAUGAAGAGAUUGAUGUAGAGAAAACUGAUGAUGAGCAGCCAGUUCCACCUUUAGAUUUAACAAGAACGCGACAUGUUAUGGAUGAAUUCCAGCGAUUAGCAAAUUUUGCAAGACCAGAUGAUAAUGACGACUGGGAAGAAAAAAUAGACAAGUCGAUGUGGACAUCUUUACAAAGUCGAAUAUUUACUAAAGUCAUUAGAAUAUUGAAUUCUGAGCGACUUGCAAGAUUAGCAAAGUCAAAUGCUAUAGUAGAGCCAAUUUUUCGUCGUACAUCAAUAAAUACUACAGCAAGACGAUUUAGAGAAACUUUAGCAUCAGCUGGUUGGGAUUGGAGAUUAACUCAAUGGUUACAUGGUUUAUUAUUUGAUCAUCUUUCUCAAGAGUACUUAGCUAUUUAUCUUGAUAUCUUACAAACAUUGAGAUUAAAAAUUCCACAACUUGUGGAUAAAAUGAUAACAGUACAACCAAAUAUUAAUGCAAAAAAUGGUUCAAUAACAUGGGAAACUCUAGGUUCUCUGUUAAAACGAACGUGGGAUCCAAUUGCUCCUACAUUAAAUAAUAACAGGCUUAAGAAACUCCCAGGAAAUCCCAUUUUAAUAAUAGCUCCAUCCAGUAUUGGGUCCAGUAUUUCUUCUCGUCAACAUAAAUGGAUUACACAGUUAGGAGCAUUAGGAAUGGUUGUUAAUGUGCAUACACAUAUAGGAUUAGCCGCUAACAGAAUGACAAUGAUGGUAUGCAUUGAUCAACUAAUUCAAGCUAUGCGAGCUAAAAUACAGGAUAUUAAAAGUGAUUGUCCUGGCAGACCAAUAAUUCUUGUUGGUUUCAAUACUGGAGCAGCUUUGGCUUGUCAGGUGGCACAAAUGGAACACGUAACUGCAGUAAUUUGCCUUGGUUUUCCUUUUUCUACUGUCGAAGGAAAACGAGGUUCACCCGAUGAUACGUUACUAGAUAUUCGUUGUCCUGUUAUGUUUAUUAUAGGACAAAAUGCUUCUUUAGUAAGACCUGAUGAUUUAGAAGAUCUUCGUGAAAAAAUGUUAGUUGAAACAAGUUUGGUAGUGAUUGGAACUGCAGAUGAUUAUCUACGAAUAUCGACUGCUAAGAAAAUAUCAGAGGGUAUUACACAAAGCAUGGUAGAUAGAUGUAUUUUAGAAGAAAUAGGUGAUUUUGUGGGAAGUAUUCUUUUGCAGCCACAUCCUUUACCGUUGAGGUCUGUAUCAGUAACAAAUUGUGAAAACAAAAACAACAAAAAGGAAAGUCGUAAAAGAAGAAAUUCAACCAGUAGCUCUGUUGAGAGCGAACCAAAUUCUCCUACUUUGAAAAUAUCUCGACCAAAUACACCAGUUUCUACAGUAUCUGUUGGAUCUAGUACAUCUUUGGCUCAAGUUACAAGAGCUGGUUCUUUUAGUACACAACCAACUCUAGUCACAGUGACUGGUCAACAUAUUAAUCAAAAUUCAACAAUAAGACGUAAAUCGCGAGUUAUUAGUAAUCCAAAAGCACAAUUUGUAGAACAUUUGAUAACUUCUAGAGUACCUGCACAAAAAAUUACCAACUCAACAAGUGGUGGUAUAACUUUAAACAUUGGUUCUUUAGCAAGUCUAGCACCAAUUGGACCAAUACGUUUAGGUUCAUCUGUUGAUCAAACUAAUACAGUUAAGACAAUUAAUACAUCCAAAUCUUCAAUUGCAUCAAAUAAAAUUCCUAAAAUUAUAUCAUCGAAUAUACCACUUCAGAAUGUUCCUAAAAUGAAAGCUAUUGUUUCGACAAAUAAAACUUUUUCAAAAGUAAUAUCAAGCAAUUAUAGACACACUAAUAUCAUCGAUAAAAAUGGUGAUACAAAACUGAUUAAUGUUUUGACAACAGGAAAUCAGUCAAGAAUAAAUCCUUUAAGUGCUGCAGGACAUAGUAAAUCUACAAAUGGAGAAAUAAACGGAGCCUUGUCGACAUUGUUACACAAUGGAAAAAGUUCUACUGCAACAAUAAAUGGUUCUCCUUCUUCCCGUAUAUCUUUAAGUUCAAGUAUAUUGUUAACACCUAACAUCUCUUCGACAACUAACACAGCAGCUACCACUUCAACUGUUACAAAAGCAAUGGAAAACAGAGAACCCUCCAAUAGUUCUCAACAUGUGGCACUUAAUCCUACUCAUAUAUGGGACAUACCUAAGAUCUCACAGUUAUCAUCACAAACAGUUUCUACGAACAAAGAUUCUAUAAGUACAAUAGCUGGAAAUACUACUGCAAUUAAUGAAAAUAUCCAAAGUACCAGAACUACAUCUUCAUCUGUAACAGUUCCAUUCACUUUUCAUAAAACUGGGACUAAUGUAGCUAUGUCUAAUCAAUUGAAAUUGUCUCAUAAUGUUACAAAAACAAUGCCAAAAAUUACACUAAAUACAAAUAACUUACAAAGAAUCCAGAAAGGAAGAUCACAAACAGCACUAAAGAAAAAUAUUGUUAAUGAUAUAGAUGAUGAUUUGGGAAAUAUAUUAGACAUACCAAUAAUAUUUGCAAAAGAUGAUGAUAGUUUAAAUAAUGUUGAGAAAGUAUACACAUCUCAAGCUGCAGAUUCUAAAGAAAAAUAUGUACCAAAAUUUAGUAAUACUACAAAAGUUGUUCUUAUAAGUAACAAGCACGACAAACUUCAACAUACUUCUAAUAAAUUCGUAACUCCUACGACACAAACUAUUAUAUGUCCCAAUGUUCCUGUGCAAAAUAUGAACCACGUAAUAUUACAAACGCAAUCACAAAGUUCAGUAAUAAAGACAAAAACUAGACUUGGAUUACCUGCACAGAGUCGUUCGAAUCAACCUACUAUUAAGUACACUAAAAUUAUUUUAGCAAAAAGAAAUAAUACACAAUCUUCUCAAGUUGAUAAAAAUGAACAAGUUCUACUAUCGAAAACUUCUCAGAGAUUAAAUAAACCAAAAGUAUGUAUUUUUGAAAAAAAUGAUCAUAAAUAUGCUCCACCUCAAAUAAAAUAUCAAGAAAAUAGUUCCAAUGAUGUAAUUGAAAUUGAAGAUGCAAUAAAAACAAAUAUUAUAGAGAGGAAAUACGUUACAAUACCUGAAAUCGAUCUCACAUCUCCGACUAAAUGCAAUGAAAGAGAAAUUUCGAAUGAACGUGAAGUAAAAUUUGAAAAUAAAGAACAUACCGAACAUGCUACAUUUAAUAGCAUUACAGGACUGGAAACAUAAGGUACCUUACUAUAUCUUCAUAUUGUUAUGUACUUUAAGAAGAUUAUUGCUGUCUUUAAAGUAUGUUAAUAAAACAAAUGCCUGCCUCAAAAAAUGCUAAUAAGAGAUAUACAUUUCAGUGGAUAUUGAAUAAAUAAAUAAGAAUAUAUAUAUAGUUUAACUAAUUACUAUUGCAUUAAAAAAUUCAUUCAUUUUUUACUUGUAAAUAUGUACACUGAACAGACUAAAACAGACAUUACAGCAAAUUUUGCGUGAUUAUUUUUAUGCUAGUUAUAUUAAAAGAAUGUGAUAUAUAUUAUUGUUUAAAGCAAAAAUAUUAAUUCUAUACACAUGCAAUUAUAUUGAACAAACAUGCAGUUAAUAUUUAAAAAAGACAAAAAAGAUGUAUACUUAAAAUCGAUAUCAAAGCUUUUACUGCAGUGAUAUAAAAGAUUAUCAUUAUAAAUAAUUUAAUUUUUUCUAUUUAUAUAUUGACUGAUAUAUCAAAGUUUAAAUAUAUAUUAUUUGUUUGAAUAUCAAUUUUUAUUGUGUUCUUAUAUACAAAGUAGAAUUAUUUUCUUCUCAAAGAAUAUUUUUGAUCUUAGAAUUAUUUACAAUGUAGAUUAUAAAAUGUACAAACUAAUAGGCUUCACCGUAAAGUAAUUAUACUAUUUCCACUGGUGAUAUUUAAAAAACACGAAACUAUUUUCUUAGAAAUUCCAUAAUAAAUAUCUUUCACAAUUAUUUAUUAACUUAUAAAAUAAUUUUUUAUCAUCAUUUAUGUGUUAUUUUAUUUCAUAUAACAUUUAUGUAUAGUUCUUGACUUAUAAAGUUUUUCAACGCACUUAUAUAUUAUCUCAAAGUUACUAUGAACCAUUAUUUUAUCUAGUCUUAUUAUAAUUAUGGUUAUGCAAAGUUGUUUCCUGUGACGUUUAUACAAUAUAUUAUUGUAUUUGUAUACAACUUAACAUAUUGUACACAUUUAUACUGAAAAUUGAAUCAAUGUCAUACAAAUUAUUGUGUUCUUAUAUAUCUCUACAUUCUUAUGUUUUUUUGUUUCUUAUAUUCAAUAUGAAAUAAUUUAAGUUAAAGAUCUGUUCAUUAUAAUUAUAUAUUUUCAUCGUUUUUUUAUAUGUAGUAUAAUUAAUAAAAUUUAGGUGUGUUUUC